AUGUCAGAGGAGCCGAGAGACGUCUUCAGGCUGAGCCGUGAUUGGCUGUCUGUACAGGAAGCGGUGGACGCCGUCAACAGCACUUCCUGUGGAGCUGUCUCCGUGUUUAUAGGUACAACCCGUGAGGACCAGGUGGGCAGCAGGAAGGUGAUUGGUCUGGAGUAUGAGGCGUACGAGUCCAUGGCCCAAUCAGAGUUCACCAAGCUGUGUGCUGACAUCAGAGAGCGAUGGCCGACCGUGAUGCACGUCUGCGUCCACCACAGGCUGGGGUGGGUGAAGGUGGGCGAGGCCAGUGUUGUCAUGGCGAUCUCGUCUCCUCACCGUGGUGACGGCCAGCAGGCGAUCCAGCACUGCAUCGAGCAGCUGAAGGCCAACGUCCCCAUCUGGAAGAAGGAGGUUUACGACACGCAGGAGGCGAGCUGGAAGGAGAACUUGGAGUGUCGCUGGUCUGCUCACAGACAGGAAACACCAAUAAUCAAUCAGCAAUAAAGGUCAUCAAUGACACUGAA